UUCUAUUCGUAGAUAUUUCUGCUGCUAUUAAUGUUGUUGUAUCUAGCCUCCUAUGCGCUGGUGUCACGCUUUCGUCGUAAAGAUCGUGACGAUCUCUUCUCCACAGAUGAAGAUGAAGUGCUCGUCUAUCGCAUAAGUUCCUGGUUGUGCACAUUUUCGAUGGCGAUCGCCGUGGGCGCAGCACUUCUGUUGCCGAUUUCAAUAGCCAGCAAUGAAAUUUUGUUGCUGUACCCCAACAGCUACUACGUGAAAUGGUUGAAUAGCUCUCUUAUACAAGGUAAAUUCUUAACUGAUUCGUAA